CUGUGCAGGCAGUAUCUCUCCCUGAAACACUGGGACGCAGACCAAGGCUGUGCGCUGCUUCCAAGGAAGGAGCGCUGGGGGAGACACUGCGUCCGUCGGGCGCAGGGCAGGGAGGCAGGGAAGAGUGCCAGGGACACGGAUGCGGGUUUCCAAGCUCUCCGUGAAACCCACGGAGGAGCUGACGGAGGUGAUCUUGCCCAGACGAGCUGCAGCAGAUCACCUGGCAGUAAAUCACUCUGGAAGCAGCGAUAUCGGAGGGAAGCCAGGGAGGAUUCCUGCACGGGACCAUAGGGAGUUACUGCUGCAGCAGGUUGGGGAAAAGAGGAAAGUCCCUGAAGAAAGAUGCCGAUGGGCAGCAAGUCCUGCCUGUAAAGUGCUACAGACCAGGAAAUUAGAAGCUGGGGGGUGCUUUUACAGUUAUGUGGGGUAUAUUUGGGUAGGAACCAGCAUAGCAUCAACUCUGACAGCUGUUGGGUUAGGAGAGAGCCUCCUGCCCUGCCGCAGAGGAUGGGCUCCAUCAUGCCAACUUGCAUUUUCAUCUCUGCUGGCCAUGAGGCUAAAAAAUGCCAAUUCACAUGACCCAGGCACGGAGGCUUCCAAGCUGCCUCCGUCUCUCCCAGUAGCAGAGGAAGGAGAAGGCGGUGCUGAAAGUCUGCCGAGACCCAAGGUGGGAAGAAAUCUUGGCUGGCCAGUUUUAAAGCAUUUGGACCAGGAUUUACAGUGACUGAGCUCCCAGCCAUGGAAGCCUCCACCUGGCAGUACUAUGGAUAUUUACAGGAUGACACAAGUAAGGCGAGGGGGAGAGACUGCACUACCUCCCGGGGAGCCUCCUCAGGGAUGGGCAAGGAUUAUACUCUGCCGCAACUUGGCCAGGAGGGCCUGGGGCACACGCUGGAGAGCGGGGACCUUCCUGGCCCGGGGAGCGACACGCAAGCCCCUGCCAAGAAGUCAGAGAUGAGGCGCAGCGGGCAGAGAGGGCAGCGGGGACUGGCAGGGGACACGUGCUCGGAAGACCACCCCAUGUUGAAAGGGUGCAGGAGAGGGGAGGAGGGAGAAGCCCCUCCGAAGGUGUAUGAAAUGGAGGUUGGGCACAGGCAAGCGGGCACAAGCAGGACGGUGAAGCCGGUGGUGUACAGGUUGGAGGAGAGUGAGUACAGGCGCCUGAUCGAAGAGGCAGAAGCAGAACCUGAGGAGGAAUGGGAAGCAACAGAGCACAAGGUACCUGUGAUUCAGGAGGGCUACCCAGGGGAUGGGAAGGUGGCAAGUCCGAGCCUAAACAGGCUCAACACUUUCCAAGGAGUCCUGAGGAGGCAGAUAAGCCGUUCAGACUCAGAAAGCAGUGCAGAGAACAGGCAAGUGAAUAAACUGACCCUGAACUCUCCCUCGGAGGGCAACAAGCCGACUGUCCCCAUCAGGUCAGACAGCUUUGAGCGAAACGCCAUGCUUAUGGAUUACAUUUUGCAAAGCAAACAGGAGGCAACAUCACCUGUUUCCUACGUCCCCAGAGAAAGCAGCAAGGCAGCUGAAAGCUUCAGGCAGGCGGUGAGCUUCGCCCCCCAGCCUGACGGCCCUCCGGACCUUUGCCAGAACGGCCAGACCAGCGAGGAGGAUCCGGCCAGGAAGCCCGAGCCAGACAAGCAGGUAGUGAACAGCCUCAAGAGAAUGGUCUCUGCAGUUGCAAAUUAUGCUUCGGUGGCUAAAGACACUGAAAAGCUUUUGAGACAGAGCAGCAGCCAGCUUCUUGAGAGCAGGGAACAGCUCGGAGGUGAAGCAGAUGCAGGGAUACUCCAGUCAUACAGCCAGAAGAAAACCCCACCGGCCCCUCCUGUCCGGUCCCACAGCAAAGAGAGCCUGGCUUUGAGUAUGAGCAAGACUGUGGCAAUGACGGAGGCGCUGCUGGAGCCCCGCAGCGAUGCAGCGAAGCCUGCCAAGGAGCAGGGGGCAGCUGCAGGCACGGAACAGCUAACUGGAGGCAGGACUGCAGGAGGAGGGGGCUCAGAGGAGCCGGAGCGGAAGGGGAGGAAGAGUCAGGAGGAUGAGAAAGUGCUUAAAGUUGCCGACGCAAAGAGAACCUUCGAAAAGCCCAAGCCGGCAGAGGCGAAGGCAGCGACGCCACCGCCCAGCGCUGCCAGGAAAGCACCUUUGGUCCAACUUGAUCCUAGACAGCAGGGAAACAGAACAAGAUGGCAAAAGGAUUCAAAACUGGUUGAAUAAUGAGGACAAGACUAGGACAUGUGAUAAGUGUAACAUGGAGUGCUACAGGAAUCACAGUGCCAAGCCCCACAUUACUGCUCACUGCUCAAAGCCCCUGCUCAUUACGUGGUGCCUGGCUGCUUUUUUUCCUGCUAUUCAGAAUGAUAGGAAGUGUCAGUCCCAGGAUAUUCAUGUUGUAAAUAAAAUAUAGCUUUUUUUUUUU